AUGGACUACCUGGAGGAGUUUGGUUUUAACGAGCCGAUCCUGGUCCUGAAGAAGGACGGUCUGGGCAUGUCCAUGCCUGCUCCUACCUUCUACAUCAGUGAUGUGGAGAACCACGUUGGUACGUAUAGUCCUGUCUCUGUCUACUGCUUUAACUAACAGCUUUAGUAAUACUGGGGAUGUCCACGUCUGCUCCUACCUUCUACAUCAGUGAUGUGGAGAACCACGUUGGUACGUAUAGUCCUGUCUCUGUCUACUGCUCUAAGACUGGGGAUGUCCACGUCUCCUACCUUCUACAUCAGUGAUGUGGAGAACCACGUUGGUACGUAUAGUCCUGUCUCUGUCUCCUGCUCUAAGACUGGGGAUGUCCACGUCUCCUACCUUCUACAUCAGUGAUGUGGAGAACCACGUUGGUACGUAUAGUCCUGUCUCUGUCUCCUGCUCUAAGACUGGGGAUGUCCACGUCUCCUACCUUCUACAUCAGUGAUGUGGAGAACCAUGUUGGUACGUAUAGUCCUGUCUCUGUCUACUGCUCUAAUACUGGGGAUGUCCACAUUCUACACAUUCUACAUUUACGUCAGGACCUCUGUCUCUAAAUAACUCAUUGUUUUCCUACAGUAAGUUACGUAGAACUACUUUACUUUUUCAUCAGAUGGAGAAUCUUUCUCUCCCUCUCUCUUGGUAGCAAAUUAUUUUUUUGGUGCCAGCGCACAGCUUUUCAUAUCACUCAAUCCAGGUGUGAGGUGCUACGUUGUCUAAAUAACUCAACUGGCUAGUUUGCCUGUCUGUAAAGAGAAGGGCGGGCUGUACGUUGAUCCUGCUGCUCUGAUUGGAUAGAGCGACGCUGUAUUUCUCCGUCCAUUCGCUUCAGAAUUUCACACGAUCACUUCUCCAGGCCUGAUUCUGUCUGAUCAUUUAGAUGACUUCUGCCUCCUGUUAGCCUGCUACUAUGAUACAUCAAUAGGCGAGGAAAUUUGCCGGCAAGCUAUCAAUGUGCAUAAUACAUAAUCAAAUCAAAUCAAAUCAAAUUUUAUUGGCCACAUGCGCCGAAUACAACAGGUGCAGACAUUACAGUGAAAUGCUUACUUACAGCCCUUAACCAACAGUGCAUUUAUUUAUUUAUGGGCCAAUUGUGCACCGCCCAUGAGUCUCCCGGUCGCGGCCGGCUGCGACAGAGCCUGGAUUCGAACCAGGAUCUCUAGUGGCACAGUUAGCACUGCGAUGCAGUGCCUUAGACCACUGCGCCACUCAGGCAUGUGACCAUGCUCAUUAGUUCCUCAAUCAACAUAUUUUCUGCUACUUGACUCAGUCCCGUUUUAAAAGUUUACAUUCCCUGAGACCAACCAGAAAUGUUUCCUUGGCCAAAUAUUCCCAGAUUGUCAUAAAACAGCCAUACAGGCUGGUAGCUUAGUGGUUAAAAGUGUUGUGCCAGUUACCAAAAGGUUGCUGGUUCUAAUCCCCGAGCCGACUAGGUGAAAAAUCUGUCUGUGCCCUUGAGCAAGGCACUUAACCCUAAUUGCUCCUGUAAGUCGCUCUGGAUAAGAGUGUCUGCUAAAUGACUAAAAUGUAAAUGUAAAUUAGCGCUGGGCUAGCCGCCCCUUCUCACAAUGUUCCGCAAAAUAAAUCAUCCUGUUGUCUCAUAUUUGUGUAUUUUAAAUGUAGUCACCCUACAUCAACUGUCAAUUUACGGAUACGAUUACAAAUACUAGUGUGGCCAGGUUGACACCCCCCUAGAGGUUACUACUUUGCUGACAGGAACCAGUAGUAAUAUGAUUAUUCCACCAGAGAGCGCUGCUGUCUGCUGUUUAGAUCUAGAGCUCUGGUGACACUGCUACUUCUCCUGCUUUCUACUGAGCAGCCUAGUUAGCAACACAUCUGCUACUCUGCUUUCUACUGAGCAGCCUAGUUAGCAACACAUCUGCUACUCUGCUUUCUACUGAGCAGCCUAGUUAGCAACACAUCUGCUACUCUGCUUUCUACUGAGCAGCCUAGUUAGCAACACAUCUGCUACUCUGCUUUCUACUGAGCAGCCUAGUUAGCAACACAUCUGCUACUUCUGCUUUCUACUGAGCAGCCUAGUUAGCAACACAUCUGCUACUCUGCUUUCUACUGAGCAGCCUAGUUAGCAACACAUCUGCUACUCUGCUUUCUACUGAGCAGCCUAGUUAGCAACACAUCUGCUACUCUGCUUUCUACUGAGCAGCCUAGUUAGCAACACAUCUGCUACUCUGCUUUCUACUGAGCAGCCUAGUUAGCAACACAUCUGCUACUCUGCUUUCUACUGAGCAGCCUAGUUAGCAACACAUCUGCUACUCUGCUUUCUACUGAGCAGCCUAGUUAGCAACACAUCUGCUACUCUGCUUUCUACUGAGCAGCCUAGUUAGCAACACAUCUGCUACUCUGCUUUCUACUGAGCAGCCUAGUUAGCAACACAUCUGCUACUCUGCUUUCUACUGAGCAGCCUAGUUAGCAACACAUUUCAUCAACUCAUUGCCAUUUAAAGACUCACUAUUGAUUUUCUGUUGUCUGUUAUGUAUAAUGAAGUUCCAUUGAACUGUUUGUAUGAGUCACUCCCAGGUCCAGACGUGGGUGUGGAUGUAAUUGAUGUGACCAAGCAGACUGACAGUAAGAUGAAGCUCAAGGAGUUUGUAGAUUACUACUACAGCACCAACAGGAAGAAAGUAUUAAACGUUAUCAACCUCGAGUUCUCUGACACAAGGUAGGCACACACACCUGAGAGCUACACAGACACUUUAUCAUACUAAACAUUAUUUUAUUGUCAAACGAAUUAUUAUGAAUUUAAACCAUUAAGAUGAUAAUGAUAUUAUAAUAUUAAUAUUAACCCCUAUUUAUUUUAUAUUAUAUUUUUUAUGAUAUUGUAGUGGCAUGAUUUUAAUAGUCUUUAUUAAUCUCUCUCUCUCUCUCUCUCUCUCAGGAUGGACAGUAUAGUUGAGAGUCCUCAGAUUGUGCGGAGGUUGUCGUGGGUAGAGAACUACUGGCCAGACGACGCUCUCCUGGGGAAACCUAAAGUCACUAAGUACUGUCUGAUCUGUGUUAAAGACAGCUAUACUGACUUCCACAUCGAGUGUGGAGGGGCCUCCGUCUGGUACCACGUACUCAAG